AACCGUUGGACUUGCUGCCUUCGUUUCUUCUUCGAAGCAAAUUUCGAAUUUAAAUUCAUUGAUCUCGUCUCUCGUGGUGGAUAAAUCGGUUAGAAGAAGAUUAUUUAUUUAAAUCUUAUCAAGAUGCGCACAAAACAGCGUCGGAUUGCUGUCUUGGGGUUCCGGAGUGUGGGCAAGAGCUCGAUAAGCUCGCAGUUCGUCAACGGAGAGUUUUUCGAGGCGUAUCUCCCCACGAUUCAAAAUACGUUCAACAAGAAUCUGAACUUGAGGGGACAAGAGUAUCUCGUCACCUUGGUCGAUACGGCCGGACAGGAUGAAUUCUCCAUCUUUCCGACCCAGUACUCCAUGGAUAUUCACGGCUAUGUCCUCGUCUACUCCGUCACAGAUCCCAGAUCGCUUCAGGUCGUCCAGAUAAUCCACGAUAAGCUGUUGGAUAUGACAGGGUCGGUGAACGUGCCCAUUGUCCUGGUAGGAAAUAAGAAGGAUCUCCAGGACGAACGAGAGAUCACUCCGGAACAAGGGAGGAAAUUGGCGAAUUCUUGGAAGGCUCAGUUUCUGGAAGCGUCCUCGCAGAACCAGGAGUCAGUUACAGACAUCUUUAACACGAUUUUGGCGCACAUCGAGCAAGUCGAUAUGGAAAGGUGCGCCGUAAAGUGGGGAAGUUAUUGUGCUAUUGCAUGAAUUAAUAGGAUUUAUGAAGGCAUGACAACAAUAUUUAUGAAUUGACUGAGUAAUUAACUAUUUGUAAUGUUUGUUAAGAGUAUUCAUUACGUGUUCGAAUCGUAACAUAAUUUUGAAAAAAAUUGCUAACUAAAUAUUUACUAGUCUUUGAGGUGGGCAAGUUGGCAAAUGAAUUUUAAGGUAUUUUUUUGUGCUAACGAUUCAAACUGGAAAUGAAUACCCUUGUUAUUUAUUAGGCAUUAGCAUGCAUUUAUUUUUUGUAAGGAUUUAUUUAGUAUGAAUGUACAUUUAUUUGUAUGCAUAGGAAUAUAUUUUUAUUGA